AUGAAGCUAUCCACUGUUGCUGUUACCACCUUGGCUGCCGGUUCUGUUGCUAACGCUCACAAGGACCACGGUAGCAAGACUACCACAAUUACUCUAACAAGUAACACUCACACCUACGGUAGAUUCAACAAGACCAAGGCUUCUAGCACAAGCAGUUCUACCGGUACUCACAAGUACGGUAAGUUCAACAAGACUAUCAACCCAACCGCUACUGUGUACGUCAAGGAUUCUGCCAACGGUGCUCCAAGCAACUUCGGUCCUCAAAAGGCUCUAGCUCUAACCAUGGGUGGUGCUGUUGUCGCCGGUGCUCUAAUGCUUUUGUGA